GAGAUAGAUUUCAAAAAAGGAAGAUGGCGACGAGGAAUAUGUGUCAAAGUAACAAUUUUGUGUAAAAUGAUUCCUUUUCUUGUCACGCACAGCAGAUGUAAUGAGUGAGAAGUCCAUAGGGGCGAAAGGUAAACCGCCUGAUAAGCAAGAUGCUACAGCGGACGGGAAUGCUCCAAAUUCAAAGGAAAAACCAAUUAACAAUGUAAACGAAAAUGCAUGCGGCGAAAAGUCCGAGCUACCCAAAAUAUCGGACAAACCGAAAGUGUUCGACAGAAAAUCAGAUUCGCGACCGAACAUGAAAAUCAACCCCAUAAAUAGCAGGAAUGGUAAACUGAAAAGGGACGAUGACAAACGUUCUUCUUAUCCAGCAAGAAGUCCUCAUUCUCGCAGUCGUCAUUAUGAAAAGUUAGAUUCCAGAACAUACCAGUCUUCAUCCUUCAAGACUGAAGUGAAAAGAUCAGAUUCAACAAAGGCUUUCAAUGAUGACUCAAGGCUUUCUAAGUACAUCCGAAGAGUCGUAAGAGAUGGGGAUAAAGAAAGGAGGAUCUCAUCUGCCAAACAGCUUCGAGAUUAUCUACGUACCUCAGAUGGAAUAAAGACUGUUUAUAAAGUAUCAGAGGAUGCCUGGACCUCAUUGCAAGAUGUGUUCUAUGAAAGAUCAUCCCUGUGUCCAAAGGAAGUGAAAGUAGAAGUUGCAAAAUGUGUGGGGAUCAUUGGAGGAAUCAUGGGACAUGAUUCACAGAGAUAUUUUCAGUGGCUUUUCUGUCAAACAAACAAUAUGGUGGAUGACGACAUCCGUUCAUUGUUUAUUGAUGCACUCUAUGAAACCCUUCGGUAUGAUGAGAAGAAACAAGCAACUGCCAAUCUUAUGCCUAUGGUGAUGGCCAAUGUGCAGACGCUGUUGGAGAAUGCAGACACACCAGAUCUCUUGUGUUCAGUGGUCAACGUCAUCUUACAUAUCGCCAAAAAUUAUCCCAGUGUCUUCACGUCUCACUUCAGGGAUACUGUUGAUAUUUUGGUGGGCUGGCACAUUGACUCCACACAGAAGGACACUCUGAUUGAGUUCACGUCUAAUGCUCUGGUCGAGUUCCACAGGUACUGGGUUAAUGACAUCUCAUUCUCCACCACACUGCUGGGACAGUUCCUGGAGGACAUGGAAGCCUAUGCUGAGGAUCUGGCCUAUGGUUGUGGGGACCAGACUUACCCUGAGGAAGAAGUCCCCAUUCCUGAGGACUGCAUCAUCAAAAUCGGAGCCCUGCUGAAAGUUUUCACAACAGUGGUUAGAAGCAUGGGAGAGGAGUUUUCCCCCAGCAAACAAAUCACACGAGAGUAUAUGUCACAGAUUUUGGACAGAAUUACCAAGAGUGUUGAUACUGCCACCAGACACUACUUUUCAGAAGACAUGGUCAUUGAAGCCAACACCUGUAUCCUGAUUUUGAUUGGUCAGCUGCGGUCAGAGGUUGUCCACAGUGAGGAGCCCCUAUUGUCAUUCCUGUUGUACCAGAUCUUUACAGAGAGGCUCGUCUCCUAUCAAUUCAUCACCUCCAUUCUUACAGUGUGUCAGAAGGUGAUAGAGACAUUUGGAAUUCAGUUACCUGUGAACUUUGUGAGUCAGCUGUUUUCUCCAGGAUCCAUGCUACAGAGAUACCGCUUCUGCCACAGUGAACAGAUUAUACAACAAAUUCUGGCAACCUAUCAUGACGUCAUGGUGUUGAAGAGUGUGCCCCUGUUGGAGGAGUCCUUUAAGUAUGUAGUUGGAGACCUUCAGCGUGCUUUUAACACUUUGCUACAAGCAGCCGGUGAGAAGACGGAGAAAAGCGUGAUUUCUGGUAAUCCCUAUGCUGAUGUCGUUUACAGUGUCUCAGAAGCGGAAUCAGCUUGUAUCUUUAAUCUCUGUGCUCUGGCUGAAAUUGGAAACACCAAGAGCAAUUUGAUUGCAAUGUGGGCCCUGUCUCCCAGUAUAUUUGACCUAGUUAGUAAGCACCUGAGCCCCCUGGACGAGGUCGUAUCAGAGGUCUACCCAGCUGUCCAGUAUGCCCUCCUGAACACUCUAUUUUCUCACUGCUCCAGACAUGGUAACUUUGUGUCCAGUAGCAGUUUGAUUAUGCAGACUCCCAGACUGGAUGGCUCCCUAAUGGCCAAUGUAAAUCCCACCACGGCGGGCAAUUUCACACAGAUUCUGAAGCUGCUGGCAGGUCUUCUAGCCCAAGGCCAUGCCUCUUAUGACAGCAGAUGCUUAGGAAUGAAGUGGAUUGCAGAUAUUAUUGGCAGUCUUCAGACCAACCCACACAUCUUCUCCUCAGACGAGUUCACUAAUGUCAUCAGAUAUAUUACGCAACUAGGUCACCAUAAUGACUUCUGCAUCUCCAUGUGUGUGUGCAAAUGUUUACAGAAUGUUUAUAAAAUCAACAGCAAUCUGCCAAUCAGCUUGAUUCAAAGUGCUUUGAAGCUCAGUGUGUACAAAUUGUCAGAUGUAAGGUCAGAGGUCAGAGAGGGCUACCUGAAUCUUCUAAAAGUCCUGCCAGUCAAUGUCACUACCAGGUUAUACAGCCUGUUACAUCUGAGUGAUGACAACGAUCAGUCCCUCAGUAUUCAGGAGGGAGCAGAAGGAGUCACUGCUGCAUGGCUAGCCCGGCGGGCUCACAUCAGUCGAAUCCCUAAUGGAGAAUUCCAUUCUGUGAACUUCAGACAAAUCAUGGCCUACAUACUGCAUGAAACUCAGCCCAUCCAAUCAGGAAGUUGGAAUUGGUUAGAGGCCAUGUUUUACAGCUGUCAGGAUGCCUCUCGGGAUAACAAAAUGAUGGAGACGUUUAGGAUGGCAAAUUUUGUGGAUAACAAUGAGGCAAUGCUGUGGUUUUGGGCCACAUGGGAAUCAGCCCAGUACUGUGUGUUGAACAGAUUGAGAACCCCCCUUGGGAAACCCCAGGACACAUUUACCUCCAUAGAGGGUGUACUGAAGACAUUUGCUAAAGAGCUUGAUAAAUCUACUGAUGAGAGAAAUGACAUCAACAAAACAGAACAAAAGAAAGGAGUGAAGCAUGAUGAUCUGUCCAGCCACUUAAGAGUUCACCUCCUUCUGCAGUUCAUGGAACACUUGGAAAAACUUCUAUAUAAUGCUUAUGAGGGAUGUGCCAUGGCUAUGCCAAUGUCUCCAAAGAGUGUGAGGACAUUCUUCCGGACCAACAAGGGCACCUGUUUGGAGUGGUUAUCUCGGAUCCGCUCUUCUGUCAUCAAGAUAGCACUACACAACGGCAUGCCAGCCAUGGCUGUCAGACAGUGUCAUCAGCUGCUGCAGGAAAUGAAGGAAAACAACACACUUCAGGGAAUUGAGUUUGAGCAGACAGUACUGUUCCUAGUGAAGGCUUUGGGAGAACUGAAGCAGGGAGAUGCUAUUAUGGGAGUGUACAGCUGGUGUAAAGAACAAACAGGCAAAAAAUUCCUCUGGAUCAAAGCUUUGGUGGAAAAAGCAUCUGGGAAGUAUGAGAGUGCUGCAAAGGAAUUAAAGAGUGUGCUGAAGUUAAUGGUGUCUUCGGAUUCGGAGAAAACUGACUCCCCCCGAGAAGAUCUGACAAAGAUGGAGAUGAUCAUGCCCAAGAAGAUCACUGGAAUUCUGAGUAAACAGUCCCCCUUCCCUCAGCCUGACAGCAACCUACCAGUGUUAAAGCUCCACUUUGUAGUAACUCAGGUGUUUGAUUGUUAUGAAAAGUUACAUGAUUGGGAAUCGGUGAUGGAAUGGCAGGAUACAAUCUUACAGUACAGACAGAAUUACAGUCAGCUACAGACAGCGUUCUACUCUGACAUAGACCUCAACUACAUCAGAGCUCUAUCAGCUUUUGAGGAGGGUGAUUUUGCUGAGGUUCGGGAGAAACUAGAACUUGUUCCAGGAUCCUCUCUGUCUGAGAUAAACAUCAGUCCUCAGUCAUACAGUCAAUGGAGCCCUGGGGAGAAGCUGGAUCUGAUCAACAGACAGUUUAUCAGACUUACCACAUACUCUCAGGACCCCAAGUCCACAAGUAGCAAGACUGAUAUUUCGAAAUGUCUGAGUCAUGUAGAAAGCCUGGAGGAAAGUGUGCUAAGAGUGGCCUCCCUUGAGUGGCCUGUCCUUGUUGCUCAGAGAGCCUUGACUCACCUAUGUACCACCACAGUCCUGAGGAGACAGAUUGAAGAUAAAAAGUCAAAGAUGAUUCUGCUACCACUGAGUGAGGAUUAUGGUAUGGAUUCUGAUGAACAUGACAUAUCCUCAUACCUUCACUUACAAAGACUACUGGAUAUACAGAGACAAAAUACAGCACCAGAAAAGAAGUCAAGUCUGACAAAUCAAAUUUUGAAGAUUCAGCUCUCCACAGCUAGCCUGGCAAGGAAACAGGGUAAUUACAACCUGGCUGAGAAUGUCCUUUUAUCACAGAUCGACACUCUUGUCAAACCUAACAUGGAGAAUGGGAAAAUUGCCCCUGAAGGACUGUUACAAGCCCUCUCUGUUCUACAGAGUAACACCAAGGCAGCCAGUCAGCUGGAAAUUCUGGAAGUGGAGCGGGAAGGAGCUAAGCUUCUCCACAGCAUGUCACAGCAUAAAGAGAGCGUUGACAUUCUGUCCAGCAGCAUUGUAGGUUUUAUCUGUGCUGACUUAAUGAAUGACAAGAAAGACAAAGAGAUGCUGGAGAACUGUAGUCAACUGUGUGGGAAGUCAUUGCUGACCCUGGUCAAGUGGUUACAGCUGGACUAUAAGAACCUGUCCGCUGUCCUGACCCAAACCCCGGGAGAGGACUGUGUGCUGGGAGGGAACUUGCAGCUCCUGAUGGAGACAGAGGCAAGGGCGGCACAGCAAGGCAUGGGACUGGUCAUGGAGGAAAACAACAUCAGUAUAGGAGAGAGUGCCAUUGUGAGUGACACUGACAGUCUGAUUGGACGACUGCUUCACCUAAGUACCAUUGAGUGUCCAACGCUGAGCAAGACGUGGUUUACACUGGCUGGAUGGUGCUAUAAAUGGGGGCGCAAAUCUGUAGACAAUGCCAGCCAUGGAUUUGUUGACCUGCUGAGUGAAGAAAUAGAGGAAGUGAAAGCUGUUCUGCCCAAGGGGACAAGUUCAGAUGAGACCGGGAAGGUUUUGAGUGUUCUUCGUCAGAUCCACACUCUGGAUAACAGCGAGGAGGACAUCUGUGAACAGGAUCAGGGACAGUAUGAUGAUGGGGCAGAGACCACACGACGCCAGCUGUUGGCCUGUGGUCAGUCCUUACAGACCGCUAGUGACCAGUGCAUUGAGGGUCUACUGACCAUUUGGAGAGGAAUCGUCCAUAGAGUGUACCAUUACUAUCAGCUCUCGGCCAAGGCUUACUUCACCUACUUACAACUUAAUGGAAAGGCUAAAUCAGAGAGAAGCAAUGAGGAUGGUAAUGUUAUAGCUACUCUACGACUGUUGAGACUACUGGUGAAACAUGCGUGGGAGUUACGUAAUGUUCUGGAAUCGGGAUUAGCUAGUACACUCACCACUCCCUGGAAAGGAAUAAUACCUCAGCUGUUUUCACGUCUAAGUCACCCAGAAGUGUAUGUCAGACAAAGUAUUUCCGACCUUUUGUGUCGUGUGGCCCAUGAUGCACCACACCUAAUUGUAUAUCCAGCCGUUGUGGGGUCCUCCUCUAAAAUGGAUGACACAGACACCAAAAGAGAAGGAUUACUGAAUCAGUAUCUAACAAAACAGCUGGAUGAUGAUGAAGAUGAAGACAGGUCACAAGGAGAAGAUAGCGAAGAGAUGGAUGUUACCAGCACAAUGUUACAGAACUGCUUAGCUUCCAUCGUCGAGGCCCUCUCCUACAACAAUCCUGUUAUGAUUCGGGAGGUGAAGCAGCUCGUACAUGAGCUGAGAAGGAUCACGCUGCUUUGGGAUGAACUGUGGCUGGGAACACUCAAUCAGCAGCAUAUUGACGUAACCAGGAAGUUACAACAACUGGAGGCUGAGGUCAAAAAGGUCAUGAACAACUCCAGUCUCACAAAGGACGAGAAGAUGGCAAUUAUCAGAGAAAAACACAGAACUAUUAUGAAACCUACACUCUAUACUUUGGAGAGAUUACAGGAAAUUACAUCACAGGAGGUAGAAACACCACAUGAGCAAUGGUUUCAGGAGAAUUAUGGGAAACUGAUUACCAUGGCAAUGGACAGACUGAUGAAUCCCACAAAUCCUAACCAUCCUAGCAGUAGCUGGCAGCCAUUCAAACAGCUCCACAGUAGCUUACAGCAGAGAGCUCAGAAGAGGAGCAGUCUGAUUCUAAAGAUGGACAGAAUCAGUCCAAAGCUGCAAACCCUCAAGUCAACAGUCAUCCCCAUGCCAGGCCUAGGAAUGUCAGGAAAGGUUGUCACGAUCGAGUCAGUUUCCAAUACAGUGCAGAUUCUUCCCACAAAAACCAAACCUAAGAAGCUUAUGUUAUUAGGGUCUGAUGGGAAAAGAUACCCCUAUCUGUUCAAAGGACUAGAGGAUCUGCAUUUGGAUGAGAGAAUCAUGCAGUUUUUAGGAAUAGUGAAUAAUAUGUUCAUUAAUGACAACAGACAAGAGCAGCAGUUGUUUCGUGCUCGCCAUUAUUCUGUGACCCCACUGGGGCCCCGUUCUGGACUGAUUCAGUGGGUGGAUGGUGCUACUCCCCUCUUUAGUUUGUAUAAGAGAUGGCAGCAGAGAGGUGCUUUAGCCCAGUCUAUAAAGAGCCAGAGUACUAGCAGUGCCUCUUCCACAAACCAGGCCACCACCAUAUUACGGCCAAGUGAAAUCUUCUACAACAAGCUCACUCCAGCACUCAGAGAGAAGGGUAUCACAAAUCUGGAGAAUCGUAAAGAAUGGCCGCUGAGUGUCCUCAGAGGUGUGUUACAAGAACUAAUGACAGAAACUCCAGGGGACUUACUGGCAAGAGAGCUUUGGUGCUCUAGUACUGGAGCUAAUGAAUGGUGGCACAUCACUCAGUGUUAUGCGAGAUCCACCGCCAUCAUGUCUAUGAUUGGGUACAUUAUUGGACUGGGGGACAGACAUCUGGACAACGUCUUGGUGGAUUUGGCAACUGGAGAGGUUGUUCAUAUUGACUACAAUGUCUGCUUUGAGAAGGGAAAAGGUUUGAGAGUACCAGAGAAAGUCCCAUUUAGAAUGACACAGAAUAUUGAAACUGCUCUUGGAGUAACAGGCAUAGAGGGAACAUUUAGAAUUUCUUGUGAACAUGUAAUGAAGACCCUGAGGAAAGGUCGGGAGACUCUGCUCACCCUGUUGGAGGCCUUUGUGUAUGACCCCCUUGUGGAUUGGACCACAGGAAAUGAGGGAGGAUAUGCAGGGGCAUUCUAUGGAGGUGGAGGAUUGUCUGUGAUGGGAGCAGGGGGAGAUAACAGACAGACCAAAAGAGACAUGGAGAAGGAGAUAACUCUCAGCAUGUUCUCCAUCAGAGUGGCUGAAAUGAAAGUUCCUUGGAUCAAAAAUAGAGAUGACAUUCUAAGAGCCUUGCCAAAGCUUCGAGAGGAAGUCAGUGUAUGGUGUUCUGCUGCAGACAAACAUGCUGCUGCUGUGGAAAGUCAAGAUAACAUGAAGGAGGUCAAGCGCCUGGUGAAGGAUGCCCUGGGGGAUCCUGAUCAUUCAUUGUUCUCACUUCAUGACAGGUACGAAGAAUAUGCUAUUGUGAAAGCAAAUCGAGAUUCUGUCUUCGAAGUACUGGAGAAGACCAUUAAUGAAUUCAGUCACUGGCAGAAACUGCACAAGCAUGUAAUCGAGAGCAUCCAAGGUGCUGCCUUCCAGAAGAUGUGUGCUGAUGUAGCUACACCCCUCAAUCUGGGUACCACUAGUUUUGGGACAGUCACGGACUUCUUACAGGGAGCAGGGCAGAGUCAAAUUGUGUCGCAGUGUGAGCAGCUCGAGGCAGAGAUGGUUAGUUACUUACAGCUCCAGAGAUCUCACUUACAUCGAGCCAUGGAUGUACUUCAUACCUACGCCACCAUCAUCUCACAGUUUGGUACAAGUUUUGCUGAUCAGAACAGGACAGGCUAUUAUCUUAUGUGGUUACAAGAAGUUUUUUGUGAUUUCACAUCAGAAAGAUGUGAAGAAGUUGUCAGUCAGUUCCACGAGCUCUAUGGGAAACAGGGUUUCUCUCCAGCUAAAACUCAACUUGUUCUGAACACGGAGGCCAGAAUACAGGGGAUUAUUACAGAUGUCAAUGCCCGCCUCUUAAAGUUGUUGGAGAGGAGACGUCAGGAAAAUGCUGAGACAGAGUACUUAGAACAUCAGAUUGUGGAACAGAACAAGUCUGUGCAGACUUUUGUCAGGGAGAAUGGAUUAAGUGGGGUGUCUAGUUUGAUGGCGUGGGUGAUAUCUGCCCUUUGUGCACUCAACAAGCGUUACAAUCAGAUGGAGGGUGCUGCUGCAGGGGCAGGUGAUCGCUUGAUGGAUCUUACAUCUCGGGAUGGAGACUGGUUUCUAGAUGAAUUGUGCAGUAUGAGCAGUAACAUCAUGCACUACAUAGACAUUCUCAAGGUCAACACUUCAGUACAGGAUCUGGAACAUUUCAAUUCUUUGUUUUUGGCCUUGACCUCUACACAUAAUGUGUACACUGCCCUACAGGAUUUGAACCUGAAUUUUCGUUCGAUUAUAUUGCCUGAGGCUCUGAAGGCCAUUCAGGCCCAGAAUGCCAGUGUAUGUAAGGCCCUACAAGACAUGGAGAAGCUGUUCUCUGAUUCUGGUUAUCCAAUAGAAACUGUUAUUUCACAAUUAGAGACACUUCACAGGAAUGCCAUCAUGGGAAAUGAGAAUGAUAACUUGGAGAUAAUGACAGUGGUAAAGAGGAUGCAGGUGGAGUACCAGGAGAUCUUAUCCGGGUCUGGGGAGGGGGAGGACAUGUCUGCUGGACAAAUGCUCUUAAUGGGGUUCAAUGGACUCUUCACUCGUUUGGAGGAGGAAUUUACUGGACUCAUGGAUGCCAUGGACUCUCUACUGGUCCCUGAUGUCUGGAGAAAAGUGGAUGCAGUAAGAGAGGGAAAGGCAAUGCAGCUCUCCUCCUUCACCAGCAGUACCAGACAUUAUCUAUCCAGUCUUUUCUUUGUCAAACGACUGCAGACCAUGCAGGCAUUCUUCCAUAUGUGCACUCAGUAUGCUGCCAAUCUUCAAGGAAUUGAGGGUGGAAGUUGCUAUGAUGAUGAACAAUUGUCAAGACCAGUGAAGCGUUUUAUUGCUGAAUAUGUACGAAAACAGGUGAUAGGAUUCCCAUCUCAAGUAUUGGGUUACAUGUUAUGUGUGUUCAUUGAUGCCCUUGGUGUAAAUGUAACAGCAGAAAUCGAGUUUAAGGACAUUGGAGCUGAGUUUAAGGUUCCCCUGGAGGACUUGAGGAAAAAGGCAGUGGACAUUUGUCUGAGGAAUAGCCAGUUCCAGCAUGUACACUUCACCCAGGCCAGCACCAUUGUUAGUGCUCUGGACUCUGUCUGGAGGAGACACGACCUGGCCAGGAGACUGGACUCAAGUUUAGUGGUGAUGAAGAACUGUCUUCAGAGAUCUCAACUUCAGCUGGCACGAGUUCAGUGGCUCCACGAGGACCUGUUUGUGAACGCUGGACGCCACCUCAACCAGAUGGUGAUGCCUAACAGAGCUACAGUCAUGUCAGAGAUGAGAAAGAGCAUGCAGGCCUUGGCAGCUCAGGAAACAGGGCUGGUGAAUUGUUACUCCCAUUACAUCCAGUUAGAGGGCAGCAUCAUACAGAGACUUAAGUGGGCAGCUGGUGCAAACCCCUCUCUGAAUCUGGUGCUGCAACAGUUUGACGAAGCCAGCUCAUAUAGAAAACUGCUGUAUGAGGAAGAGAGAAAGGGAGCCACAGAGGUAGUGAGUCUGUGUCAGGGAAUUCUACACCUGGAGGCCCUGAGGACGAGGACAAGUGAGGCAUCUGCCUCAGAUACAAACUUCCUCAACCUCAUAAACAAGUGCAGUGAGACUUGUCUGAUGAUGGAGUCCACUCACAGCUCUGUCACAGACACAGAAAUCUUGCUGAUGAACACAAAAAGCUCUGGAGAGAACCAGAGAAUUGAUAAGAAAUGGUUAGAGGACUGUAAGGUAGAUGUACAGACUCAGAUUGAUUCUCUCUGUCAGGAGGCGGACAAACUCCAGAAAGAUGUGGAUGCAGCCAAGGAUGCCAUUAAGGAUGAAGUGAUGGCCAUUAAGACAAUCUUGACCACUCAUCAUAAGCUAAUGUCGGACAUACGCACCAUUCUCAAGUCCAUGUCCAAGCUGGAAGAGCAAGAAGAAGGGGAUUCCCCCGUCUUCAGCGGGAUCAGAGAAUACCUUGUUGUCUACAAGAACUUCUCCGAGACCCUGGCCAUGGUGUUGAAAAUUGUUCUGAUGGAGGACAUGACAAAAGAAGGAAUGAAAGAGGCUGAUUCCAUGAUAGAUAAUCUUCUGACACUGAUUCCUCAAAUUUUUGAUGACCUGGUGAAUCUGGCCCCUCCACUGAUAUCUGAGGAGGAGGAAUCUACAGAAAAUCCUGCUGACUCCAGCUUUGCCUCAGCAUUGAAGAAGCCACUGGAAUCCAAUGAACUGUCCAGCCCAGUCAGUAAACCACUACACAGAGAAGCCUCCACUCCAGCCUUAGGCAGUCCACAUGUCAACCUUAUGGCUAAGAUUUCAAGUCAAGGUGGGAAGAAGUUGGAUAAAAUAACAAGAGAUCCAAGAACUGGGAAAGCCAUACAAGAGAGGAAUUCCUAUGCUGUCAGUGUAUGGAGGAGAGUGAAGAUGAAGCUGGAUGGCCGUGAUCCGGACCUCAACAAACGCCUUUCUGUGGCUGAACAGGUGGACUUUGUGAUCAAAGAGGCCAACAACCUUGAUAAUCUAGCUGUCCUAUAUGAAGGUUGGACACCCUGGGUAUGAACUAGCCUUAAAAACCGCAAGAUUCUUGCCGGCUAAAACUGCUCCAUAAUCCAACACACCUACCACACAGUGCUGCCACUGUGAAGGAGAGGCGUGGGUCGUAUAGACACAGAGGGUAGACCAUCAACAUAGAGAAGCUCAACAAAUAUAGACUCAGGGCCCGGCCAGAGGGCCUGCUAAAAUGAGUCUGUUCAGCUUUUCACAUGGGGGUGGGUCAAGCCAAUGGCACCAAAUUCUGCACUCAGCAGAGAUGCGUGCUGGGUAUUUUUGUGGAAAGGAUGACAAGGAUUCUUAGUACAGUGCAACAUUUUUGCCUGUUUGAUGAACUGAUCAAUAGUUUACUGAGCAUGUUAAUGCAUUUAAAUGAAAUAUCAAUUAUGCCAUAUAUUUUAUUACAUUGUUAUGCUCUCUUGCAGAGAUAACCAUGGUCAAAGUUGAUGUAUUGAGUUUUCUAUCAUAUGAGCACCGAGUUGCCGAGAAGCCAGAAAUCGGUCUAUUUGUACAUUGUGUAUAUAUCAUUGUCAAAGUGAUCAAGUUUCCUUCAUUUUACAAAGUAGCAUGGCUAGAUUUUCAUUUUUUUUGGCUAGGGGAAAUUGACAACUUUCAGAAAUGUAGGAAAUUGUGAUCACUGAGUCUUUCUGACAUUUUUGUAUUAGCACUUAAAGAAUUUAGGUCUCAUCGUGAAGGGUUCCAUGUUUUAGGGUACAGUCACAUCUUUUUCCAUAGGUUAUGUUGGGCAUUAAAACUUGGACAUUUGCUGAAAAGUGAAGUUUGUGUCAAAGUUAGAAGUAUUGUUUCAAAAUUCUUCAAUUUAUUAUAAAAUCAAAGAAUAGUCAAUAUCGAUAAAUUUAACUGGUGUGAUAUUGUGUGUAAAUAUAUUAUUUGAAUUAACAAAGUACAAAAUUUGUCUGCUAUAGCAUUGACAAGAUUUUCUGUAAACAUAUUGAAUUAAAUGUAUUCACAUGUUGGUAAAAUUGUGACUUGUAAUAGCCAAUAUUGAUGCUAUAUAAUUAGAUGUAUGACAAAACGUGCACAAUAAAGAAAACUGGUGUAAAUAUUUAUUUUUUUGUCCUAUACUUCAAUUUGUCCUCUUCAAUUUUAUUUUAGAAUAUCAGCUUGAAUAAAUCUUUUGUUUAGAAA